AUGACUUCUUUGCCUUCUUCAGUGAUCAAAUGGCGUUUUUUCCGCAGACAGAUGCCUCCAAACGUUUUGUCCUCUCUAUUGUUACUCUGUAUCGCAGCCUGCCUCGCCGGGAAAACCACCGUGUUAGCGGAAUCGGACAAAUCGGUGCUGCUUCGUUUUAAGGAAACUGUAUCGGACCCUGGCUCAAUACUCGGUAGCUGGGUCAAGGAGAGCGAAGACCACUGCUCCUGGUUUGGCGUAUCUUGCGAUUCGACCUCCCGAGUCACGGCUCUUAACAUAAGCGGCUCCGGAAGCGAUAAAGGGAGCUCCAAAAUCAGUGGGAACCGUUUCACUUGCGGCGAUAUCGGUAAGUUUCCGCUGUAUGGGUUUGGUAUUCGGAGGGAUUGCGCCGGAAAUCGUGGAGCUUUGGCGGGGAAUUUACCCUCUGUCGUCGUUGGUCUCACAGAGCUUAGAGUUUUGUCUCUCCCCUUCAAUUCGUUUAGCGGAGAGCUUCCCGUUGGAAUCUGGGGAAUGGAGAAGCUGGAAGUUCUUGAUCUGGAAGGGAAUUUGAUGACCGGGUCAUUACCUAUUCAGUUUACCGGGUUACGGAACUUGCGGGUGGUGAAUCUAGGGUUCAACAGAAUUACAGGUGAAAUCCCAAAUUCGCUUCAGAAUCUAUCGAAGCUGGAGAUUUUGAACUUAGGUGGUAACAAGUUGAAUGGAAGUGUCCCUGGUUUUGUUGGGAGAUUCAGAGUAGUGCACUUGCCUUUAAACUGGCUUCAAGGGACAUUGCCUAAAGAUAUUGGAGAUAACUGUGGAAAGCUUGAGCAUUUGGAUCUAUCUGGUAACUUCUUCACCGGGAGGAUUCCAGAGAGUUUGGGGAAUUGUCUUGGUUUAAAGUCAUUGUUGUUGUAUAUGAACACGUUGGAGGAGACUAUCCCUGUAGAGUUUGGGAAUCUUGGGAAGCUCGAGGUUUUAGAUGUUUCGAGGAACACUCUUAGCGGUCCGUUACCUGCAGAGCUCGGUAACUGCUCUUCGUUGUCUGUUCUCGUGCUAUCGAAUCUGUACAAUGUGUAUGACGACAUUCACAGCGUUAGAGGGGAAUCAGAUCUCCCUCCAGGAGCGGAUUUAACGUCGAUGACAGAGGAUUUCAAUUUCUAUCAAGGAGGGAUUCCUGAGGAGAUCACUAGGCUUCCAAAGCUGAAGAUACUUUGGGUGCCGAGAGCUACUCUAGAAGGGAGGUUCCCGGGAGAUUGGGGCUCAUGUCAAAGCUUGGAGAUGGUUAAUUUGGGUCAGAACUUCCUUAGAGGAGAGAUUCCUGUGGGUCUUGGGAAAUGCAAGAAGCUUCGUCUUCUUGAUUUGAGCUUGAAUAUGCUUACUGGAGAGCUUCUCAAAGAGAUUUCUGUUCCUUGCAUGAGUGUCUUUGACGUUGGUGGAAACAGCUUAUCCGGUUUAAUCCCUCAGUUUCUCAGCAACACCACCACAGCUUAUCAUUGUCCUCCUCUUGUUCACUUUGAAAGCUUCUCUAUCGAAUCCUACAACAACGACCCUUCCUCUGUUUAUCUCUCCUUCUUCACCGAGAAGGCUCAAGUUGGAGCUUCCUUGGUUACUGUUGGUGGUGAUGGAGGUCCUGCUGUGUUUCAUAACUUCGCAGACAACAACUUCACCGGAACUCUCAAGUCUAUACCACUCGCUCAGGAGCGGUUAGGGAAGCGAGUUUCCUACAUAUUUUCCGGUGGAGGGAAUCGGUUCUACGGUCAGUUCCCGGGGAAUCUGUUUGAUAGCUGCGACGAGCUGAAAGCUCUUUACGUCAAUGUAAGCUUCAACAGGCUCUCAGGUCGGAUUCCUGAAGGACUCAACAACAUGUGCUCUUCUCUCAAGAUUCUCGAUGCUUCCUUGAAUCAAAUCUUCGGCCCGAUUCCGUCGAGUCUCGGUGAUCUAGCUUCGCUUAUUGCUCUCAACCUGAGCUGGAAUCAGUUGCAGGGUCAGAUACCGGAGAGCCUCGGGAAGAAGAUGAAAGCUUUGACGUUCCUUUCAAUUGCCAAUAACAACCUGACGGGGCAGAUUCCAGUGAGCUUUGAUCAGUUACGUUCCCUGGAAGCUCUUGAUCUCUCUUCGAAUUACCUCUCCGGCGGGAUUCCUCAUGAUCUCAUCAGCCUGAAGAAUCUCACUGUGCUUCUUCUCAACAAUAACAACCUCUCCGGCGAGAUCCCGUCUGGUUUCUCCACUUUCGCGGUCUUCAAUGUCUCCUUCAACAAUCUCUCGGGUCCUCUUCCUCCAACAAACGGACUGACGAAAUGCAGCAGUGUCGUCGGAAACCCGUAUCUCCGACCUUGCCACGUGUUUUCUCUGACGACUCCCUCUUCAGAUUCCCGAGGCGGCUCCGUCGGAGAUUCCACGACGGAGGAUUACGCAUCUUCCCCCGUCGAGAACGCUCCGUCUCAGAAUUCGGGGAGAGACGGAUUCAACUCGCUAGAGAUCGCUUCCAUCGCAUCCGCCUCAGCGAUCGUCUCAGUUUUGAUCGCGCUCGUGAUUCUCUUCUUCUACACGAGGAAAUGGCAUCCGAAAUCGAAGAUCAUGGCAACCACAAAACGAGAAGUCACCAUGUUCAUGGACAUUGGAGUCAUGAUCACCUUCGACAACGUCGUCAGAGCCACCGGAAACUUCAACGCGAGCAAUCUCAUCGGGAACGGCGGAUUCGGAGCGACCUACAAAGCCGAAAUCUCACAAGACGUGGUCGUUGCGAUCAAACGCCUCUCGAUCGGACGGUUCCAAGGCGUCCAACAGUUCCACGCGGAGAUCAAAACUCUCGGUAGGCUUCGACACCCGAACCUCGUGACCCUCAUCGGUUACCACGCGAGCGAGACCGAGAUGUUCUUGGUUUACAACUAUCUCCCUGGAGGCAACCUCGAGAAGUUCAUUCAAGAACGGUCCACGAGAGCUGUGGAUUGGAGAGUGCUUCACAAGAUCGCGCUCGACAUAGCUCGAGCUCUCGCUUACCUCCACGACCAGUGCGUCCCAAGGGUGCUUCACCGCGAUGUGAAACCGAGCAACAUCCUCUUGGACGAUGACCACAACGCUUAUUUGUCUGAUUUCGGGUUAGCGAGGUUGCUCGGGACGUCGGAGACGCACGCGACGACCGGUGUUGCGGGUACGUUCGGAUACGUGGCGCCGGAGUACGCCAUGACUUGCCGGGUUUCGGAUAAAGCGGAUGUGUACAGCUACGGAGUGGUGCUUCUGGAGCUGCUGUCGGAUAAGAAAGCGCUUGAUCCGUCGUUUGUCUCGUACGGCAACGGGUUCAACAUUGUGCAGUGGGCUUGUAUGCUGUUGAGACAAGGGCGGGCCAAGGAGUUUUUCACGGCGGGUUUGUGGGACGCCGGUCCGCACGAUGAUCUCGUCGAGGUUCUGCAUUUAGCGGUUGUUUGUACGGUGGAUUCUCUGUCGACUAGGCCGACGAUGAAGCAAGUUGUACGGCGGUUGAAGCAGCUUCAGCCUCCGUCGUGCUAG